UUUCAGCCAACUGCUCUCAUCUUUCAGCAAGGUUUCAGUUAACGUUCAUUUCAGUUCACGAUUUACUCUCUCACUCAAAGUCAAAUUCAAAUUCAAACCAAAAAAAUGAACGUAAAAAAGUCGCUAAAUUUCUCGUAUCAUCAAACCAAUUUUCAAAUCAAUCGCGAUUUAGUUGUUAAAUCGAAACUGUUAAAAAUCGACACCGGAUACGGGAGUGCUGAAAGUUCUUUGGAUAGCGGCGAUGAGGAGAAGGAUCACAUUUUGGAACCUCAAUUAGCCGGCUCGAAUUGCGUGGAAAGAAAGUGUUUGACGUGGGCGUGCAAAGCUUGUAAACGCAAAACCGUUUCGAUCGAUCGAAGAAAAGCGGCCACUUUACGCGAAAGGCGACGAUUAAGGAAGGUUAAUGAAGCUUUUGAGCUUUUAAAGCGACGAACGUGCAAUAAUCCGGGUCAAAGAUUACCAAAAGUUGAAAUUUUAAGGAGCGCCAUUGAGUAUAUUGAGUAUUUAGAGGAAGUUUUGCAAGGAACUAAAGCUAGUAUUGAAUCAAAUUCAAAUUAUUUGGGCAAUAAUCAAUCGAAUAUGCACCAGCAGAAGGCGAAUUUUUAUAAAUUAACCACCACAACGACGAACGCUUUCGAAGCAAACUCAACAUCCAGCCUGGACUGCCUCAACAUGAUCGUCCAAAACAUUCCCGGCAACAAAACGAAAGAGGAACCGACGUGAAUUUAUUUAAGAGGAGGCGGUUACAGAAAUUGUAGGUUGUAAAUAAACUUUUUUUUAUUAUU